CAAUUUUCUCUCCCUCUCCAACACCGAUUCGGUCUCUUCGUUUCUUGCUAUAGUAUGUCUUCUUCUUGAUUUUGUCUCUCAUACCAAAUCACCCAUGCUUGUACCGAUUCGGUCUCUUCGUUUCUUGCUAUGACAUGAACAUUGCUGUUUGCACUACCACUGUACCACACAUUCCAGCUAAGAAUUUUAGGUGUUAGAAAUUAAAAAAUCUGUAAUUGUUAUACUAAGUUUUAGUGUUUUACCCACAAAGGAGGGAAAAUAAUUAAGCAGACAUGGCAGACAGUGUUGUGAGUUUCCUGUUGCAGAACCUGACUCAGUUGCUUACCCAAGAAUCAAAAUUGCUAGGUGGAGUUAAGGAUCAAGUCAGAUCACUUAAGAACGAGCUGUCUCUGAUCAACCGCUUCCUCCAAAAAUCUGAAGGCAAACGACACGACGAAUUGGUGAAGGAGGUAGUCAGCCAAAUUAGGGACGUAGCCUAUGAGGCUGAGGAUGUUAUUGAUACAUACAUCAUUACUGUGGCAGAGCGCAGGAGAAGAAGCAAGCUGAGGAAGUUAAUCCCUUCAUGUGACCGAGCAAUUACGUUUCACGAUGUUGCAAGCAAGAUAGAGAGCAUCAAGUUCAUCAACAAGGAAAUUAACGACAAUAGGAGCAAGUACGGCAUAGAAAUUGCUGAAUCAUCCGGAGGAGAUGCAGAAGCAGAGGAGAUACUACACAGGCGCAGGAAACGUGUUGAGGAAGAUCAAGUAGUGGGCUUCGCUCAUGACGCUGAGGUAUUGGUGAAGGAGCUUAGGCAAAACCACUCUUGUGAGGAAGAUCUACAACAACAAUGA